CGCGCAUUUCUGAUGAGUUCCAUUCCGUCAUGGACGAUCGGUCGAUGUCUAUCGCUGUCCGCCAAUCGAGGAUCCUGAACGGAUAUGCGAUCUAAAUAAAUCCGCCCCGCCAUGUCUGGCGCCCACACCGCGCCUUUCCUCCGAGUCUAACGGAGAGAUUCCUCCAGCUGACAAACUCGCUGACCAGGAGAGUGGAAGGCUAUCGAACACUCUCCAUCUCUCGUCUGCUGUCAUCUCCGGUUGCGGAUUUAGUCCACUUUCCUUUCCCUGGUUCCUCUGCUGCAAACCCCGUUACAUCCGACAGCUCCUGCGGCCCGUUCUUCUCCCCCCGUCUUUUUCCCUCCUUGCGUCGUUGCCAAUAAAAUAUUAAAAUAAAAUUAGCCAGACCAACCAGCGUUGUCUCACCCUCGUCGGUGCGCGGCUUUUUUUGUUUUAUAUCUCGCCCGUCCAUGGCUUCCCCUGCCUCCAGUCAUGGCUCCGUGAACGCCCCCCAGUCCUCUCGUGCCUCUGCUCCGUCAUCAUCUUCAACGUCACAAUUCCCUUCGACGACACCCUCUGCCCCACCAUCCGAUUCUCGACGUGCGACUGUCGCAAAUCCCCCUUCUUUGUCUGCCACAUCGUCGUCUGUCGGUUCAUUACCGCUCCGUGACUAUGUCAGCAAUAUAGACCCGUCGUCGAACGCUCCUCGCCGCGGUGAUCCCACCUCGGGACAUUCUGCUCCCUCGGUCUCCACUGCACGGAAUACUGAACUCGCCCGGGAGGACGGGGUCGGGUCGUUACCGUCGUCGCCUUUCCUGCCUCUGCGCCCGGCCGCGUUGGCCAGUCAUCAUCGAAACGCGCUGUCCAGCGACUCAAUUCCCCGACAGACGAUCAUGAAAGCUCUGGCAUCUCGACCGUCGGGGGCUCAGCAAAAUACCAACUCCAAUACCAACAAUCCCGCGAUGCCGCUGGCGGCCUCUCUGGGCAUCCAGAGUCCCAAUACGUCUGCGAACCCGUCGGAGGAGCCGGGACGUCCCUGCAGCAAUCCGUCGUCGCAAAAGCUGUCGGCUGCGCUCUCCAGCCUGCAAUUGGGUACAUAUUUGGACCGGAUGCCGUCGACGGCCCGGUUGGUCAUGCAAUCGCCGUGCUUUUUCCAUCAGCGGUUCGACGAUGCGGUGAAUAUUCAGAAGGUGCUGGAGGAAAUCGCUGAUGACGAGUGGUUGUCCCAUUCGCGGUUAGUGCAGACGGCUACGGGAGUCCGGGAGGUAUCGAAGCAAUUGCAACGACGACCCAUCAAGCGGGCGGUGAAAAAUGUCAUGAUCGUGACGAAGGCGCGUGAUAAUAGUCUGGUGCAUUUGACGAGGGAAUUGGCGGAGUGGCUGCUUUCGACACCACGGUAUGGGAGCGACCUGGGGGUCAAUGUAUAUGUGGAUGCGAAGCUGCGCAGAUCCAAGCGAUUCGAUGCGCCGGGGUUGACGGCGAAGAACCCUCGUUUUGAAGGAAUGCUGAAAUACUGGACACCCGAUCUAUGUUGGACGUCGCCGGAGAUGUUUGACCUCGUGCUGACACUCGGCGGAGACGGAACGGUGCUGUUCACGUCGUGGCUCUUCCAACGGGUGGUCCCGCCUAUUUUGUCUUUCUCUCUCGGAAGCUUAGGGUUUCUGACGAAUUUCGAAUUCGAGCACUACAAGGAUCAUUUGAACGCGGUCAUGGGCGACGUCGGGAUGCGCGUCAACUUGCGCAUGCGGUUCACGUGCACCGUCUUCCGCAAGGACCGCAGCAAAGGCGCGGAUGCCGAUGCUGUCGAGGAAGGAGAGCAGUUUGAGGUUUUGAACGAAUUGGUCAUGGAUCGGGGCCCCUCGCCCUACGUAUCGAAUCUGGAGCUGUAUGCAGACAACGAUCUGUUGACGGUCGUUCAGGCCGACGGCUGUAUCUUCUCCACCCCAACUGGGUCUACUGCUUAUUCACUAUCCGCCGGAGGGUCCCUAAUUCACCCUUCCAUUCCCGGCAUUCUCCUCACCCCCAUCUGCCCGCACACGUUGUCCUUCCGUCCCAUGGUCCUGUCCGAUUCUCUCCUCCUGCGCAUUGCCGUGCCGGCCGGUUCCCGGUCGACCGCCUACUGCUCCUUCGACGGCAAAGGCCGCGUCGAGCUGCGUCAAGGCGACUACGUCACCGUCGAAGCCAGCCAGUACCCCUUCCCGACCGUGGUAUCCGGCAGCGGCGAGUGGUUCCAAAGUGUCCAGCGCGCUCUCCGCUGGAACACGCGCGGUGCUGUGCAGAAAAGCUGGCAGCGCGGGUCCGAAGCGGGCGUGGACGCCAUCGACGAGGAAAACGAAGAAGAGGAGUGGGACAUCGACGCGGAUGCCGGUCUCGCCGGCACCGACAGUGGCUUUGGCCCCAGCGAAGACGGCGACGAGGGAUCCAUCAGCCCCAUGAAGCGACAGAUGAGCAUGCUCAGCAUGUAGCCUAUACCACCACCCAUAUACACCACCACACCCACCUGCACACAUCGCUUACAUAUUACUCCGUGCUCGUGCUCGUGUUCAUCUCUUAGCAUACAUACCAGGUACACCGCUGGCUUGGCGCUUGGAUUGAGUUCAUUUUCAUUACUUGUUUUGUCCGGUCGGACUGGAAGGAUACUACCGAUACAGAUACAGAUACAGAUACAGGGCUGGGGUUAUCCCUUGUUUGGUUUCAUAGCGUUUACUAGAUAGACUUGUCUUUGAUAUUUACUGAUCCCGUUACAUCGCGGGGCAGAACUGGCUUCUAGCGGGUUGCAAUUAAUUUAUUUGCGUGGUCUGACGGCCAUUGUUCG